AUGACUUAGAAUCUACAUUAAGUCUAAUUAAUAUCAUAAAGGAUGAUAGAUAGAUUAUAGAAUUUCUGUAAUUUUUAGUUCACCUUACAUCCAUAGAUGACACUUGAAUAUAAUGUGGGUCUAACUCAUUACAUAUAUUAGUUUAGAUGAAGGUGGACCUUAGAAACAAAAAUUUUAAAAAAAUUAAGAUCUAAAAUACUUCUUUAGUAGGAGAAAAUUUUGUUAGAUGUAAUUUAAGUAGAUCUGAAUUUAGUAAAGUGGAUAUUAAUGAAUUGAAUUUGAAUGGAGCUUUCUUAUUUAAUUGUAAAUGGAAAAACAUAAGGGUAAAUGAAUUACAUAAGUUGAAAGGUCAUUCAAGUUCAAUCAAUUCAAUCUGUUUUUCUCCUGAUGGUAUUACAUUAGCAUCUGGUAGUGGUGAACGUCGUGGUAGUGGGAAUUGUUCAAUCCGUUUAUGGGAUAUAAAAUCAAGAUUAUAAAAAAAAAUUCGAUGGUCAUACUAGUUAUGUCUACUCAGUCUAUUUCUUUCCUGA